AUGACCACCAAAACCCCUCCUCUUCUCUCUUCCGGCUCCAGCGCCACCAAACCCCCUCGCCUCCCCUCCCCUGGCUUUGGUGCCACCAACCCCCCUCGCCUCUCCUCCCCGGCCUCAGCCUUCCACUCUGUCACCACCUUCGCCUCCGCUACCAUCACCAACCUCGGCCCCGGCUUCGACUUUCUCGACUGCGCCAUCGAUGGUGUCGGUGACAUCAUCGUUGUCACGGUCGACCCCACCGUCUCUGUCGGAAUCCUCUCCAUCUCCUCCAUCUCUAGCAUCACUGCCUCCGCCACCAAACUCAGCUAUGACUCCCUCUGGAACUGCACCGGCAUGGCCGCCAUGCGGGUCCUCGGUGUCUGCUCCAUCGGCCUCUCUCUCCACCUCGAGAAGGGCCUCCCCUCGGCAGCGGCAUCAGCUCCAGCGUCACCAGUGCAGCCGUCAGUGCGACCAUAG